GUGCCGUGUAGGAAACCGUCAUUAAAAAAGUUUAAAACCCUAAAUCCAUCAUCCUUUAUAAAUAUUAUUCUCUUUCCCUUCUUUUUAAUACUUUGAUCCUCUUUAGUAUUUUUUUUCUUCCAAUCAAACCCUAGUUCCCCACGAUCAUCGCUUUCUUCCUCUUUAAGGUACUACUGAUCGAAUCACCAUGGCUAAGAACUCCUUCAAGCUCUCUAAUCCUCUUGAGAUAAGAAUCGCUGAAUCUACUCGCAUCAGAGAGAAAUACCAUGACAGAGUUCCCGUGAUUGUAGAGAAAGCUGAACAGAGCGAUGUUCCUGACAUUGACAAGAAAAAGUAUCUUGUACCAGCUGAUCUAACCGUUGGGCAAUUCGUAUACGUUGUGAGGAAAAGGAUCAAGCUUGGAGCCGAGAAAGCAAUCUUUGUCUUUGUCAAGAACACGUUACCCCCAACUGCUGCAUUGAUGUCUGCAAUCUAUGAAGAACACAAAGACGAAGAUGGGUUUCUCUACAUGACAUACAGUGGAGAGAACACUUUUGGAUCUGCCUCCUAAUCAGCUUUGCUUUUGACAGUUUGAUCUUAAUCAUGAUAAUGAUGAUUGUACAUUCAUUCCCUCUAGUUUUUACUCUGUUUCGUCGACUGCAAUAAUGUCUUUAAUUUCUGGGAUUUGCAUUCUUAGCUCUCUCUAUCUUUGGAUUUAAAUACAGAGAGUUUGAUUUGAUUUAACCGUCUGUUUACAUUGUUUUGUUUCUUUCGUUUUAGCCAAUCUAUCAUCACCAUC